UCCUCUACCAAGUCCCUGGAAUUCUCCAACAGGUUUUAGGGUGAACUGGCAGAGUUGUUUUUUUUUUGCAUUAUUUUUGGUAUUAUUAUUAUUGAAACUCACACCUAGCUACGUGAAUUCGACUGAGUAUAGUAUUACUGGGAACAUUGUUAUUUUAUUUAAUCAACAAAAGCGAUUCACUUUGCAGUUCAUUAAAAUGGGACUAGAUUCUUUGGUUAACGCUUCAGAUGAAGUCGUACCUUAUGGGGGGAAGAGUGCUUUCACACAGCUGGAGCAUAAUAUUGUGGCCAGCUACCUCAUCACUGCAGGCAUUGUCAGUUUGGCCAGCAACAUUGUGGUGCUGCUAAUGUUUGUGAAAUGUAAGGAGCUCCGUACAGCCACCAAUGCCAUCAUCAUAAACCUGGCAUUUACUGACAUCGGUGUGGCUGCCAUCGGUUAUCCGUUAUCUGCUGCCUCCGAUCUCCAUGGCAGCUGGAAAUUUGGAUACACUGGAUGUCAAAUCUAUGCAGCACUCAACAUCUUCUUUGGCAUGGCCAGUAUCGGCCUGCUGACUGUGGUCGCCAUUGACCGAUAUCUCAGCAUAUGUAGACCUGACAUAGGCCAGAAAAUGACUGUUCGUUCAUACACACUGUUGAUUCUAGCAGCCUGGCUCAAUGCUGUGUUCUGGUCGUCCAUGCCCAUCGUUGGCUGGUCGGGCUAUGCCCCUGACCCCACCGGAGCCACUUGCACCAUCAACUGGAGGCAGAACGAUGCCUCUUUUGUUUCUUACACAAUGGCAGUGAUAGCUGUUAACUUUGUGGUACCCCUGGGUGUCAUGUUCUACUGCUACUACAAUGUGUCCAUCACUAUGAAGAGGUUCAAAGCAAGCAACUGUCUGGAGAACCUAAACAUGGACUGGUCGGACCAGAUGGAUGUUACUAGGAUGUCAGUAGUGAUGAUUGUCAUGUUCCUGGUGGCUUGGUCUCCAUACUCCAUAGUCUGUCUGUGGGCAUCAUUUUCAGACCCUAAAAACAUUCCUGCCGCAAUGGCCAUCAUUGCUCCACUCUUUGCAAAAUCAUCCACCUUUUACAAUCCCUGUAUUUACGUUGUUGCCAACAAAAAGUUCAGAAGAGCAAUCAUAGGAAUGCUUCGAUGUCAAACCAGGCAGCGAAUGACCAUCAACAUCGAAGUUCCAAUGACCGCCUCACAAAUACCAUUGACCCAAUAGUUGAUGUAAAAUGACAUCGCUUAGUUGGGUGUCUUAGUAUCGUCUGUUGGAUAUCCUUUGAUGUUUUGAACAUUCUUUAAUUAUACACAUACUCUGCUGAUUAGAAAAAAUAUGCCAUGAAUACGAAAAACGUAAUGAUGGCAGUUUAUUUAUCUGAGAGAAUUCAAUCUUUUGUUUGUUCUGAAAUUAUUUUGUAUUGUAUAAAACAUUCAAUUAAAAAUGGACUGACUGUUAA